AAACUGGUUCUGCUAAAAGUAAAAUGGCUGGUUUGCUAUAGCUACAGAAAUUAAAAUGAACGUCAGAUUCUCUGCCUAAAACAGCGAUGUUGGAGCAGGAAACACUAAAAUGUUCAGGUCAGGGGAAACUCACAAGGAAGACUGACUAAUUAAUCUUUAUUAAAAUGCAUACUUUGUAUUUUCAUACCUGUCUCCAGAAAAUGGAAGUUAUACAUCCUGGCUUUCUUCAACAUGAUUUUCAAUAAGAAUCAAAACUUUAUGAACUAAGACUGACUUGAGAUUGUAAGUGAUAUGAGCAGUCUUGGACAGCGUAGCCUGUUUGUUGACAUACGGGUUGUGAUGUGCGUUCUUUGCAUUGCUGGUUUGAAAAUUCCACCCAGAAAAAGUCUUAUUGUUUCUGCUCGGCGACACAGUUUCUGUAUUUGCUCUACACAGUUGAUCAUGGCGGCAACGACUAUAGUGGUUCAGCAGGCGCCAAAGGUCGUGCCUCGGAUCACUUCAUGGAGUACUGGAUUGUGCCACUGCUGCCAGGACAUGAGCUCCUGUUGCUAUGCAUUCUGGUGCUGCCCUUGCUUUGCUUGCUCCACGACAGCCAAGUUUGGUGAGAACACCUGUCUUCCUCUGGUGGAUAUUUGUGGCCCAGGAAUAAUGGCGGCUUUUGGGUUGGCCAUUUGUGUGCCACCGGUCACUCUUUCCAUGCGGGUGGCAAUACGCCACAAAUACCAAAUCUCGGGCGACAUUUGUGAGGACAUUGCUAUCUCCUGUUUCUGCAUUUGGUGCUCUUGGUGUCAGAUGAACAGAGAGAUAGAGCACCGCCAAAGGUUCGCCAUGGCCGUCAACGCCCAACAAACGGCCCCCAUCGUCACCACGGCCCCCGUUGUCACCACAGUCCAGCCGACUGCAGUGGUGGUCAGUGCAGUGUAGGUGGCGGAGGUCGUCUUGUCUCGCAGGCUUGCGUUGUCUCUAAUUAUCCAUUAUGCUUCGUGUAUGAUGCACUGUUAUGAGGGUGAAACAGUAAUUUGAGGUUUUAUUUAAGGGCUAUUUGGAAAAAGGGGAGCAGAAAAAUAACAAAAGACUCUUGUAUUCCUGUAAUAAUCCAGUGUUUGUAAAGAUAAUAAACACAUUUAUUUUAA